GUCAUUCGUGUCUACAAAAUUUGUUCGAAAAAACUUCUGUCUCUCUCUCUCUCUCUCCUCUUUCUGUUCCAGUUUCACACUAUCUUCUCUUGGUACGAUAAGAGAAGCAGAGAGCUUGACCGGUUACUUUCCAUUCCCUUGUGGAGUCCGCAUGCCGUAUCAUCCUCCGAGAUUCGAAUUCUCUCAAUCUCUCUGCUGCAUUACUUAAAGAAAAACAAAGAUAUAGAGAGAUAGGAACGGACAAGGAGAGAUUUCUUGGUGUCUUUGGUGUGAACCGGAGAUGGGUUUGUUGGCUUCUCUCCUUUGUGUUCUCGCUUUCUUUGCAUUCUCUAGUUUGAGACUGGCUUGUGGGAACCCAGAGCUCAACGCCCUCAUGGAGAUGAAGGCUGCUCUCGACCCAGAAAAUAGGUUCCUUUCCUCUUGGACUAGCGACGGUGAGCCGUGCAGUGGCUCUUUCGAAGGUGUGGCGUGUAACGAGCUUGGAAAAGUGGCCAACAUUUCGUUGGUGGGGAAGGGUCUCACCGGCAGGCUUCCUCCGGCAGUUGCUGGCCUUAAAAGCUUAUCGGGUCUGUAUCUACAUUUCAACUCAUUAUCCGGAGGGAUACCCAGAGAAAUCUCCAAUCUCACUGAGCUCUCUGAUCUCUAUCUCAAUGUCAACAAUUUCUCUGGGAACAUUCCUUCGGAAAUCGGAAACAUGGCUAGUCUUCAAGUCUUGCAGCUCUGCUAUAACCAGUUGACGGGAAGCAUACCGACGCAGCUGGGGUCUUUGAAGAGGCUAACCGUUCUCGCUUUGCAGUUUAAUCAGUUAUCUGGUGCCAUUCCCGCGAGUUUAGGGGAUCUGGAAAUGCUCAUGAGGCUGGAUUUGAGCUUUAAUAGACUCUUUGGUUCAAUUCCUGUAAAGCUAGCUGAUGUUCCUACUCUGGAAGUUCUAGACGUUCGUAACAACACCCUUUCGGGCAAUGUUCCUCCUGCCUUGAAGAGACUCAAUGAAGGAUUUCAGUAUGGAAAUAACUCGAACCUAUGUGGAGUUGGGUUUUCUACCUUGCAAGUUUGCAGUGCUUCAGAUCAUCUGAACCCCAACAGACCUGAACCCUUUGGACCAGGCACUAAUGGCCUUGCUACGAGAGACAUCCCAGAAUCUGCCAAUUUACAGGCACAUUGCAACCAGACCCACUGUUUGAAUUCAACAAAAACUUCCCAAAUAGCUGUUACUGUUGGAGUUGUCUCAGUUACUGUUGCAUUGGCAGUUACUGGCCUUCUCACAUUUUCAUGGUAUCGUCGACGGAAACAGAAGAUUGGGAGUGCAUUUGAUAGUUUGGAUAGUCGGCUUAGCACUGACCAAGCCAAGGAGGUCUACAGGAAGAGUGCUUCUCCACUCAUCAGUCUUGAGUACUCUAAUGGAUGGGAUCCACUGGCUGAUGAGCGGAGUGGAAGUGGCUUCUCCCAGGAAAGCCUCAAGACCUUUAGGUUCAAUUUGGAUGAGGUGGAGUCUGCAACACAGUACUUCUCUGAGGUAAACUUGUUGGACAAGAGUAACUUCUCGGCAAUCUAUAAAGGGAUUUUGAGAGAUGGUUCUGUUGUUGCUAUCAAGAGCAUUAGCAAGACUAGCUGCAAGUCUGAGGAAGCUGACUUUUUGAAGGGGUUGAACAUUCUAGCCUCUUUGAGACAUGAAAAUCUUGUAAGGCUAAGAGGGUUUUGCUGUUCAAGAGCCAGGGGUGAAUGCUUUCUCAUUUAUGACUUUGUCCCAAAUGGAAACUUGUCAUGGUAUCUUGAUGUGAAGGACAGCAAUGCCCGUGUGCUUGAAUGGUCGACCAGAGUUUCAAUCAUUAUUGGCAUAGCCAAAGGUAUUGAAUAUUUACACAGCAACAAAGCAAACAAGCCUGCUCUGGUUCAUCAAAAUAUAUCAGCCGAGAAGGUGCUCAUUGAUCAACGGUUCAAUCCUCUACUCUCAGAUUCUGGUUUGCACAAGCUCCUUGCAGAUGACAUUGUCUUCUCAGCACUCAAGGCCAGCGCUGCCAUGGGAUACCUAGCCCCUGAGUAUACAACCACUGGUCGCUUCACAGAGAAGAGCGAUGUAUUUGCGUUUGGGAUGAUUAUGUUACAGAUCCUUGCCGGGAAGCGGAUGAUAACCCAUUCAAUGCGUCUUGGGGCUGAAUCAUGCAGGUUUGAAGACUUCAUGGAUGGAAAUCUUCAGGGGAAGUUCUCUGAACCUGAGGCUGCAGGGCUAGUGAGAAUUGCACUUGUCUGCACACAUGAAUCUCCAAACCAGCGACCCAACAUGGAGAUGGUGAUUCAAGAGCUGAGUAAGAUCCGCAGUGGUUCCUGAGGCCUAGGCUCUGAUGACUUAAUUUGGUCCCCUGCUUGCAAAAUUUCCUCAGUAGUGGGUGGGGUGUGAGAGAUGGAGACAUCACCAUCUCUUCAAUGCUAAAUCUCCUUGUGCUUAAAUUCUUAACCAUGAUUUGUCCUUCACUAAGGACGAAUAGUUGUGCGUCUUAAUGUGUUUUGGCCCUUGUAAUUGGGAGAUAGAGACGGGAGCGGAACGUAUUUUUGCCCUCAUUUAACCUGUAUCGAUUUGAUCUCUAGCCGUGUACAAGUUGGGUUUCUUUCAUUACUUCUUGGGUGUACAUGUACUUGUAGCCCCUAAUAGCUAAUGCUUAUUCUACUCAAAAUCAUGACCAA